CCAGUCAGGCAAGUUCAUCAUGACGGCUGAAAGAAAAUAAUAAUCAUAACUUAGUCCUGUCUUUGUUCCUAUCUACUCCAAACAAAAGGGAAUUAAAAGCAGAAUCAGAGCCAAUCAACAGCAACCACAACAGCAGCAAGUGUUCCCUAGGGGAGGGGAACUCAACAGUUGAUCUGAAGUCACCUGCAAAAAGUGCAUAGUUACUUUGGUGGUUCACCAAAAACAAAACAGACACUGGGCAAUAGAAGUGUUGAAAGGGAGAAAGUCUGCUGUAUCCCCGGGAUACAGCAACGUGGUAUCCCAACCCAAUGGGAAAACACUACAUCAACAAUUUUUUCAGACUUCAUCAAUCCCAAACCCAAAAAACAACUGAUGUGGUGUUUUCCCAUUGGGUUGGGAUACCACGUCUGCUGAGUAAAGAUGGUAGAAAGGAGCAGGAGUUUGCAUGGACAUCGCCGCCGUGUUUGUCGGCUCUUACCUCUAUGUGCUUGGGGGCCAUGGUGGUUCGUAUCGCAAUCCUGUUGCGGAUGUCUUUGUUGUCGACACCAAGCGACCCCAAGAAGGAUGGACCAAGGCUGCUUCCAUGAGAUGUCCCCGUAUACGUGCGUCCGCUAUUACUGUUGGUGUUAAGAUCUAUGUAUUUGGGGGUCAGGGUGAUUUGGGUGAGGUUUUUGAUCCCACUACCAACUCAUGGGAUCAAUUUCCUCAGCCGCCUUUCGUAGAUUGUCUUGGUUUUGGUCCUGAUCGUCGUGUAUAUUUAGAUUGCCCGGUGCAAUUAGAUUCUGUAAAAAGACGGAUUUUAAUCAAGUUUAUGAAGUUGUCUUGCUUCGUUGCGUACUACUUCGAAGAGGAACGCUGGACACUUCUAGAUUCAACAAAAUUUAACAACUUGCCUCGUCUAGCUGUGAUUGUGGAUGAUGUUCUGUAUUUCCUGCGGCACUUUCAGUUGUACCGUUAUCUGUCUGCAUUUGAUUUGGAUAAUGGCAAAACUCUGGACCUGGUUUGGUCCGCAGAUUUGGAAUCGGAUGCUAAAGUGGUUAAAUGUUCUACAUAUACGGGCUGGUCUGUCAUGCUUCGGUUGGGUAAAGGCAAGUUGUGCUUGGCCUUCAACGGCGUCUAUGUAUGUAAUAAAUGGCAUCCUCUUCUGAUUUUGGAGGUUGGGAUGACACCUGAUUUAAAAGUUGAGGUCAGUAGAGUCUCGUGUAAAGGUUUACAGGUUGAACUUGAUGGGCGUGUUGAUCUUGAUGGGCGAGUCGAGAUCACAUACUACCUCACAGCACAGCCUUAGGCUCAAGCUUAUUGAUAGUCCCCUUCAGCUAGGGGUUGUGGACCUUGUGGUUCCCUUUGUGGCACUGGUCUUGGCGCCCUCCCUCUAUUUUGUUUGUUUUGUUUCUUGUCUUAUUUCUAGUGCAGAUUUUUUUUUAGCUUUUAAGUUUAUUUUAAUUUUACCAUAAAAGAGUUUGUUUUAAUUUUGUUCUCUCUUCAGUUUGUGAUGACUUUAUUUUAGCUUGAAAUGAAAUCUCAGCUCUUGG